AUGGCUCCUGCUAAGACAGACACCAAUUGGUCUGUCAAUUACGAUGUACUCAGACGGGAGCAGCUAUUCAAGAACCCUCCCAAGGAUCGUACAGCUUAUCCUGCACUAGCAGCCUCUAUCAAGCCGCACGUUGAUUCCUUCAAUGCGCUUUUCGAGGACAGCAAAGUUUUGGAGGCGGGAUUGAAAGAUAUUGGCACCAAGACAUUCAUCGACGGCGAAGCAGAAACUCCUGAGCAGAAGAAGGCUAGACAGGCAGAGGGCCGAAAGGCACCGAAGCGGAACAAGCUCCAUGUUCGCGUCAAAGAAGUCUUCCUCGAGAAGCCUGCCAUUCCCCCGACGAACAAGUUCACCACUCGUAACCGCAAUAUCUACCCAUCCGAAUGUAGAGAGAGACAUGCGACGUACCGUGGCAAGCUGCGCGCAAGGAUUGAAUACCGGGUGAACAAUGGGGAUUGGAUGGAGGCUGUCAGAGAAUUGGGUCAGGUUCCUAUCAUGUUGAGGACCAAUCGAUGCCAUCUGGAGAAGGCAACCCCCGCGGAACUUGUUGAGCACAAGGAAGAGUCUGAGGAGCUGGGCGGCUAUUUCAUCGUAAAUGGAAACGAGAAGUUGAUCCGAAUGUUGAUUGUCGGAAAGAGGAAUUUCCCCAUGGCCAUUAUUCGUGGCUCCUUCGUUAAGCGUGGCCACACAUAUACCAAAUAUGGUGUUCAGAUCCGAUCCGUCCGUCCUGAUCAGACGUCCCAGACCAAUGUCCUACAUUACCUGAGUGACGGUAAUGUUACUUUCCGUUUUUCAUGGCGCAAGAAUGAGUAUCUCGUCCCGGUGAUGAUGAUUCUUAAGGCGCUUGUGGAGACGAAUGAUCGCGAAAUCUUCGAAGGACUGGUUGGCAGUGCCUCUUCUGAGGGAAUCAACAAUACAUUCGUCACGGAUCGUGUGGAACUUUUGCUGCGGACAUACAAAGGAUACAACCUGCAUAGUCGCUCAGCCUGCCGGGCUUACCUGGGAGAGAAGUUCAAGCCCGUCCUCGGUGUUCCAACGGACAUGUCAAAUGAGGAAGCUGGCACUGAGUUCCUUCGUAAGGUUGUAUUGCCCCAUCUUGGUAACCAGAACGUUAGCGAAACUCAGGACUACGACAAGUUCAAGCUAAUCAUGUUCAUGAUCCGGAAACUUUACGCUCUCGUCGCUGGCGACUGUGCCCCUGACAACCCUGAUGCCGUCUCUAACCAAGAAAUCCUGCUUGGUGGUUUUCUCUACGGUAUGAUCCUAAAGGAGAGACUGGAGGAGUGGGUCAGAUCUUUUGGCCCUAUCCUGAGAGACUGGAGCAUGCGCAACCAUGGCGCGAAGUUCACUGAUCCUUCAUUCGAGAGGGACUUCUUGAGCAAGGUCGUGAAACGGUCAAAUGAGAACAUCGGUGGUGCGCUGGAGUACUUCCUAUCGACUGGUAACCUCGUCAGUCCUACGGGUCUCGAUUUGCAGCAGACAUCCGGCUAUACUGUCAUGGCUGAGAAAAUUAACUUCUACCGUUUCAUCAGUCAUUUCCGAAUGAUUCACAGAGGUAGUUUCUUCGCACAAUUGAAAACUACCACUGUUCGUAAGCUGCUUCCUGAAAGUUGGGGCUUCCUGUGCCCUGUUCACACACCUGAUGGAUCUCCUUGUGGUCUCCUUAACCAUCUUGCACACAAGUGCUUGAUUUCCACCAGUGAUAUCGAUGUUUCUCAUCUCCCAAGACUCUUGGUCCAGCUCGGUGUGCGCUCGGAGUCUUCUGUCUCAUUGGAGGAGAGCGUAACGGUUCAGUUGGAUGGUAGAAUUGUCGGUUUCUGCUCACCGAAGCAGGCUCGCAUGGUCGCUGAUACCCUGAGACACUGGAAGGUUGAGGGCAGCCACAAUGUUCCUCGAGAGCUGGAGAUCGGAUACGUCCCUAACUCUAACGGCGGUCAAUAUCCCGGUAUCUACAUGUUCUCGCAAGCAGCUAGGAUGUACAGAGAGGUUAAGUACUUGCCUCUCGACAAGCUUGACUACGUGGGACCAUUCGAGCAGCCCUUCAUGGAAAUCGCCUGUUUACCAUCGGACCUUGUCGCGGGUGUUUCGACGCACAUCGAGUUUACACCGACAAACAUCCUCUCUAUUGUGGCUAACAUGACUCCUUUCUCCGAUUACAACCAGUCGCCUCGUAACAUGUAUCAGUGUCAGAUGAGCAAGCAGACAAUGGGAACGCCCGGAACAGCCAUCGAUUAUCGUACAGACAACAAGCUUUACCGACUGCAAACUGGACAGACACCAAUUGUGCGUCCCCCUCUUUAUAAUGCUUAUGGUUUGGAUAACUUCCCGAACGGCACGAACGCGGUUGUUGCUAUUAUCUCGUAUACGGGUUAUGACAUGGACGACGCUAUGAUUAUCAACAAAUCUUCACACGAACGUGGAUUCGGUCAUGGUACAAUCUACAAGACAAAGGUCCACGCCCUCGAUGAAAAGGAGUCGCGAAGGAACAAAUCCAGACGUGAAAUUACUAAGCUGUUUGGCUUUGCUCCAGGGGGUGAAAUUAGGGCCGAGUGGCGUAACACCAUCGACGAGGAUGGUCUUCCUCACAUUGGCGCUAGGGUUAAAGAGGGCAGUCUCGUCGCUGCAUACCACAACGUACGUUAUGAUGCAGCAUCGGACUCCUAUGUGAAUGUCGAUGGCAUCACCCACUUCGUCAAGUACAAGGACGCCGAAGAAGGAUACAUCGACAGCAUCCGUAUCAUGGGUGCCGAGACCGGUAUCGAACCGUGCCAAUCCCUCAGCGUCAAGUACCGUAUCCCAAGAAAGCCUGUUAUUGGUGACAAGUUCUCCUCUCGUCACGGACAGAAAGGUGUCUGCUCCCAACUCUGGCCGGCAGUCGACAUGCCCUUCUCCGAAAGUGGCAUCCAGCCUGACCUUAUUAUCAACCCUCACGCUUUCCCAUCUCGUAUGACAAUCGCCCAGAUGAUCGAAUCCAUGGCGGGCAAGGCUGGUGCUCUUCACGGCCACCCCCAGGACUCGACGCCCUUCCAGUUCUCCGAGGAGAACACCGCCGCCGAUUACUUCGGCCACCAACUCCGCAAGGCAGGCUACAACUACUACGGCAACGAACCACUCUACAGUGGUAUCACCGGCAAAGAGUUCGCCGCCGAUAUCUUCAUCGGUGUCGUCCACUACCAGCGUCUCCGUCACAUGGUUAACGACAAAUUCCAAGUCCGUACCACCGGUCCUGUGAACUCCCUGACCGGCCAACCCGUCAAGGGUCGUGCCAAGGGAGGUGGUAUCCGUGUCGGUGAGAUGGAACGUGACUCCCUCAUUGCCCACGGUGCCGCCUUCAUCCUCCAAGACCGUCUCAUGAACUGCUCUGAUACCCAGCGUGCCUGGCUCUGCCGCGACUGCGGCUCCUUCCUCUCGACACAGGUCGCCCUCGCCGGUGGCUCCGGAAAGGCCCGCAACCAGGGCGCCGCCGCCGCCGCCGCAAAGGCUGCAUCUAGCCAGCUUACCCAGGCCAGCGGCUCCUCCGGCAUCGUGCGCUGCAGACGCUGCGCUCGCGAAGCUAUCUUCGAUGACUCCCGCGCGAUCACCUGGGAAGACGGCGAUGGCCGUCGUUUCGUCGGCGGUGACAAUGUUACUGUCGUUGCUGUUCCGGGUGUGCUUCGGUACCUGGAUGUUGAGCUUGCUGCCAUGGGUAUCAGGAUGAAGUUCAAGGUGGACAACUAA